UAUCUAGAAAUUUUUUUUUCAUUGUAAUCCAUAUUUGAAUUUUUCGGACUGUAUUAUGUUUAUUAGUAAAAUACCACAUACAUAUCAUUCUUCAUACUACUUUAGUUCUUACAACUACAAAUACAAAAUAUCUUAUUUCCGGAUAUACCAUUAUGAUGAUACGUAGCAGGCAAAUAAUACUAAGUGUGCAUUAGGGAAUUAUUCAAUACUUUUACCAAUUGAAUAACACAUAGUUAUUAAAAUUGGUAUUAUGUUAAUUUCUUAUUUCGCGUAUCAAAUAUCACAUGUAUGCAUUGCCGAAAAUACAUCCCGUAAAUUCUUUAAAUUACUAUUGUAGUAUAUAACUAGAACACAACAACUAUAAAUAUGUCUGCUGCAUCUAAAGAAAGACAAGCAAGACUAGGCAAUAUUGUCAAGAAACUAUUCCCAAAAGUAAUGCAAACAAUAUUUAAAGAAUGUGUCAGUCCAAGAGGUUUACAAGUGAAAUAUCAACAAAAACACAUACCUAUCGAAUUUACAGAGGAUGAAAUAUCCUUAAUGGAAAAACUUCCAAAUAUUGAUGACUUCACCAUCGAUCUAUGCUAUAAAAUAUUGCGGUACGAAAAUGCAUUGCAUGAACCGUCGUGUCAAUGGGGGAAUGUUCCACACGAUUCAGAAGUUGAAAUCGGCGAUGACGUUCAGAAAAAUACUUAAUGCAACUAAUGACGUUAUCAGCAUUUCGGAUGAAAUAUCAGAGCUAUAUUACGAAGAGUUUCAAAAAAGAACACAAGAGGUACUAAAGAGAGUAGAUAAAUAUCUCUGUCAAUAUACUUCUAUACAAUUGUACCAAACAAUUCAGAGCUCUGAUAUUAGUAUUACUGAUAUGCUUCAAGAACUGGCACUUAUGCAGCAAGUCAAUGGUAUGGUUAACAGUAGAAUUAGACUCAGACGUAUUUACUAAAGCAUAUCAUAAAUCUGAUAAUAUUUUGAACAAUACGAAAUGGAAUGGACUCACACAGUAUAAUUAUUCGUGAUUUUAGUUUAAAAUUGUAUAGGGCUUCAUUUUUGAUGUAGAUUUCUCUUCCCUUUUAGUCUCAAACUGUAACAAAAUAAACCGUAAAACUCGUGAAAUUUAUGAAAGUCAGAACCUUAUAUACCACGAUUAACAAUUCUAACACUGUCUUAUACAUGGAUUAGAUAUUUGACAAUAACCGCGUUUGUAUGUGUUUUUUAUAGAAAGUGAUCGGGAUAGUUAAUCUUCAAACUCGUGUAAUACUCACUUAUAACGGUGUGUCAAAUAAUUUAGGUUUCUUCCACUUGAUCAUUAUUGGAGUUUCUAGUCAUUUGUAACGUAUUGAAUGUUUCAAAUCUGACAUGAUUUACAUGAAACUUUUUUUUCAAUUAAUCUUACAUGAAUCAAAAUGUCAGGAUUCAAAUAAUGUUUGCGUCAUUUUGGCUUUGCUGAUUUGCAUCUUUUAAUGACAUUCAAGAAAUGAUGCGUAUUGAGAUUGGUACCAAAAGUUUAUUUUGCAUCCUGUCGUAGAGCCACUAAUAUAUCUGUAAGAUAUUUUUGGAAGGCGACACUUAAAAUGAUGAAGUAACAUAACCAUAUCAUUUGUUUAUCUGUUCUUGUAGUCGUCCAAAUAGUUGAUGAGGAAAGUGAACAUGUAGAACGUUAUUCAAGAGUUUCGCGCGUUAUAACUGACACUUUUCCAAAUAUACUCAGAGAUAUCAUCCGUUCAAAAAUGUCUGCAAGUAACUUGUACCAAUUGUGUUUGCCGCAUCUCAAUAGUUUCUCCUCUGAUCAGCAAACUAGCUUAACUGAUGCAAACUCGUCCAAUUCAUAUGAUUCAAUGGACAUUACAUUGAUCUAUAAAUUGUUGAGACAGUUUUUGCUGAUACAUCCUCCUACAAACGGAGAACUGACGUAGAACGCAUACGUCGUUACAUAAACCAACUAGCUCACCGAUGCAACACAAACAUUGGAGAGGAUGAAUUUGAUGAUUACUACGAUAAGUUCCGUGAUAUUGGUUAUAGAAUGGAUCUCAACUUUUUCCAGAAGACAAAUUAUAAACGAUUGAUUAUUUGUCAUAAGACAUGCAGUAUGGAUAUGCAGAUGCUGAUCAAAUACAAGAACGCCUUAAAGCAACUAGAAAAUAUAAAAUUACAAUUUGAAGAAAGGCCUUUAAAGUUUUUCUGGGGAGAAAGUUUUGAUAACAGUUUGAGGAAUUUGAGAACUAUAUUGAAGGACGAAAAAUUAGAAGUAGGAAGACGUAAAGUCCGUGUUCAGAUCAUCUGCCAGAACGAAGAGAAUGUCGAGGCAACCAUUGAUAUUCUCAUUUCCCUCAAAGACGAGAUAAACGAAGACUUGAGUGGAAUUGAAUUCAUUGUUGCCACUAAAGGGAGCAUCGUUCUUCAUAUAGAUAUCUUGGCACAAACGUUGGAAACAGAUGAACUAUUACAAUCCACCCUGACUUUAUUUCUUAGAAAAAUUUUGGAACGAAUAUCGACAUCCAAUAUUGAAAGUAUUGAUAUUGUUUUAUUACCUGUAGAAGAGUUCACACAAUGGAAUACACCAAAACCUAUUGGACAACCAGUUUACUUAGAAUUUGAUUUCGAGGCUGAGCUAUUUGAAACGAACUAUAACAUUAAAGAGCAGUUACGAAAUUUUUCGCACGCCAUCUUCAAACAUUCAAAUGGAAGCGUAACAAACAAUGAUGUUACUGCAACACUCCUACCUAUUUGUCUUGAAGAAGCAAACACCCAAGCUUUAACACCUGAGGAAAAUUUAUCAACCACAAAAGAAUCAUUCACCUAAGCUCAAACACCUGUCAAAUACAACCUUCCUGUUUCUGUCACUUUGCGUCAACAGUUAAAUAUCCAAAAGUCAAAGAAUGAAAAUCAGAUCAUUAACAGCUGUAUCAAAACAGGCAAUACAUUAGUGUUUAACGACUAUGAUAAUAACCGACUUAUUAUUUGUAAUUCAGACGGUACUGAUAUCCAUCACAUUCCUCUGUCCUAUACACCAUAUUAUAUGACAUUGGUGAAUAGUAAUACUGUGGCAGUAACCUGUACACGUGACAGAACCAUACUGAUAAUAAAUAUAUCUACAGGUUCUGUCACCCGUACAAUCAACACCAGUGAUUACUGCUUCGGAAUAUCAUAUAAUGAUAAUAACCUGUACGUUGAUAUUGAUCAGAGUAUAAUAUAUGUGAUGGACCUGACAGGUAAAGUAAUACGUACUAUACCUUUACCUUCAUACGAUAUCGGCGACAUUACAGUAGACAGAGACAGGUUAGUCUGUAUAGACGAUACAUCAAUAUACUGCUGCUCGUUAGAUGGAAAACUAAUUUGGAAGUUUGAAAUGGAGGGAUUUCAAGAUUUAGGUCGUGUGACAACAGAUAAUGAGGGGAAUGUCUAUGUGACUUAUUUUAACACCAACACAGUAAUAGUUGUAUCAGACGAUGGCAAACAUCAUAGAGAACUUCUCACUAAAUCAGAUGGAUUGAAUGUGCCGUGGGGAAUUUAUUUUGACAAACAAGAAAAUAUUCUGCUUGUUUGUAAUCAUUUUGACGGAAAGGCUUUUCUUUUCAACGUGAAAAAGAAACUAACAUAAAUAAACAUAAAUAAUUCUGUCAGACAAUGAGUUUAUUCGGACUCGGAUCUGUUUAUGCAUUUAGUCAUUCAAAAUAACUUCUAUUUAUCUAUUUUUUCUUUACUAUUAACUUAAUUGCUUGUCAUGAUCUUUACAGUUGUAUUCCGUAUUCAGAUUAAAGACAAUAUUACAAUUAUAUUAUGUACUAGUUUUGUGUGAUCAACGCUUUCUUUUCAUGUGUGACAAAAAAUCAACUUUAUAUAGAUAUUAAUAGAAAUGUUACAAAGACGAUUUGUUCUUUGAUUCACGUCCACUUACUGUUUGAUAGUUGGAGAAAAAAAAAAUCAAGAGAAAAAUUUUAAUUUAAGUCAUAUGUAUGUUCUCAAUAUUUUUGUUAUUCGAAAUAAAUAUUCUAUAUAGA